AUCUGCAAAAUUGAAGGUAUCACAAUAAUCAGAACCGAGAAAUUAUAGAAACGUUUCUUUUAGAAAAUGGUCUUUUCUAUAUUGAUCCGACCGAGAAUAGAACCUGGGACCUCGGAGAUCUAGAGUCCAUAUUGAUAUUGUUAUUCAUAGAGUAUUUAUAACAGUCUUCAUAGAAUGUUUUUCUUAUUUUUAACAGUGCGUCAAUGCAAAACUUUAAAUCGAUUAAAGUCUUAAUUUUUGGCAAUCAAGUUCAAAAUCGACUGCGGAAAUAAGAUAUAGUGUGGUUACUUUAUUUGUUACUGAGGAUGUUUUAUCAGUAUUUUUAUAUGUUUUCACAGUAAACCGUCUCAGGCUAGCGAGUUGUCAAACGAAGCAACUCCCGCCUCAGCCAGUGCCGUGUACAAUGCCAACACGGCACCAUUAACCAUGUAUGUGGUACGUGUACAAGACGAUAGUCCCAACACUGCAGCCGUGUCAUUGGGAGAAGCGCUCGAACUACGCAUAGAGACUACAGGCAUGUAUACUCAACACAUUUUUGUAUUAUGUUUAUUUACAGUUUAUACAAUAGCAAAAAAAAUUAAAAUUGAAGGAUAAAACCUCUUACAUAUCAACACAAAUUGCAUGAUGUCAAUAUAUGAAAUGCAAAAUGUUCAUUCAUUUUCCAUUUCAUAAAUUAAAAUUACUCGCUAUUCAAUUGUUUCUUGGAACAGAUUUCCUAAUAAUUCCUAUAGUCAUGUUGACAGUUUUUGUGUCCGUUUCAGAUAACAAUGAAAUUGAAGCUUAUCAUCUCGUAGCUUCAUCACGGCUCGGGGACAGCUCCGUUCUUUUAUUGGAUAGUCGAGGUUGUCCUACAGGGCAGGUUGACUUCCCAUCCUUCAGCAGGACUCGGCUAGGAGGAACGCAGAGGCUUUCUGCUCGCUUCAAAGCAUUUCGCUUUCCAACUUCACACGUGGUUCGGUUCGCGAUAAUGGUUAGAUUUUGCGAAGGCAAAUGUGCACAAGUAAGACCAUACCCUAUUAUAAAUUGAUAUAUAUAUAUAUAUUUUAAGAUUCUUCAGAGUGGCAGCAAUUUCUUCUUACAGAUUAAUUGCGCUACUCACCAAUCAAUGAGAACAGCUAGAGAUACCAAUGAUACAUCCUAUCAGUUAGAUGAUAAUGGCAUUGAAGCUACAGUUAGAGAAGAGAGCUGGCAGUAUAAUAGACUCAAUAGUGCUCCCAGUGGCGUGGUUGCUCAAGGUGGUGCCCCCUUGUGUGGUGCAUCGGAUGGGCAAGUUCCGUUAGAAGUCGAAAUGGUAGUGGGAUCUGGGGAUGUGCUCUCAGCAGACACUUUGAUCCAUGCUGAUCAUCAAGCUAUUAUACGUAAGUUUAAUGCAUAUUUUCGUUUCAUUAAUUAAGUAAAACUAAGUAAAAAUUUCUGAACGCACACUGUCUUACAUAUACGAACAGUUUGUACUGGGAAAAUGCAAUAUAUGCUUAAACUGUUUCUUUGUAUUUCUGCAUAUUUUCCCAUCUUGAACUUUUGCAAAAACUUUAAAACUAAAGUUAGCUAAAUAGGUGGACCUAUUUAGCUAACUUUGGUUGGAGAACGAUGCUCUUUUUGGAAACUUUAAUGAGAUAACAAAGACAUUUUAAUGAGAUAGCAUUUUAUUUAUCUUCUACACACUCCUAUUAAGUCA